AUGUCCACCGUCAUCACAUCUACGAUCACCGAGGACACUUUUGAUUCCUUGCACGCCCUGUGGCCGCAGCGUCAAGGCGAGAAUCUGCUCAUUUUGGCCUCACGCGAAAGUUAUCACCAGGCCGACAUCACUCUACAGAAUUUGCCUGGCUUCCAGGCUUACCUGCACGACAUCGAGACUCGAAAUGCCAAUCCAGAUCCGUCUAAGCUAGCAACCUUCACGCCUACGCGUACUUCUCAGAUCCAACUCCUCAAGCUUAGCAGUCACCUCGAUCGUCAUGCCAGUACCUCGGUCCUUCUCUAUGACCACUGCUUCCCCUACCCGCAGGUGAGAGGCCUCCUCUCGGAGUCCACGAAUGGUGAGAAGGUGAUCCGACAUUCUUUGCGUCAGCUCCUGGAUAGUUUCGGAGUCUUGCUAUCGGACACGACGCUUGAAUGUCGUGCAGAGGAGUACCCCUUUGAGCCUGCUUUGUUUCGACACGGGGUCAUGGAAGCGCGCGUCGAUGGUGUCUUGGCGGAUCGCCGGUCAAAUGAGGUCUUUGCUAUCCUGGAUGCAAGGACGGUUCAUCGCAGUAGAGAUUUGAGAAGUCUCUACUGGGAAGAGACUGCCAAAAUGGUGUCUUGGAUCCAGCAUGACCUAUGGAAGAACCGCCAACACCCUCGUCCUCAGUCAGUACACCUAGACAUUCUGUUUCGUCAGAUUAUAAAGUUUCCGAGCUGA